ACACAGAUCUCCCAGCAUGCCUCAGUGUUUCCCGCUCAUGUGGUUCUGCUCUGUUUUCCUCUCUCAGUUCCUCCCGUCAUCUAUAAAGUUUCUGAAGACUUCACUGUGAACGAGGGCAGUAACGUGACGCUGACGUGUUUGGCCAAUGGGAGGCCAGAUCCCUCCAUCACCUGGAGACUGCUCAACCCGUCAGCCGAGGCUCUUGAUGUCGGAGAGUAUCUGGAGAUCUCUGGGAUCGUUCGCUCUCAGGCCGGACGUUAUGAGUGUAAAGCGAGCAAUGACGUCUCCACUCCUGAUGUCAAAUACGUCAACGUGGUGGUGAACUACCCGCCGUACAUUAAGGAGGUGCGUAGCUCCGAGACGCCGGUGGGACAGGCUGGAGUCCUGCACUGUGAGGCGUCUGCGGUUCCUCAGCCGGAGUAUGAGUGGUACAGAGACGAGCGCAGACUGUCCAGCUCUCAGAGCGUCAGUAUUCAGAUCAGCGGCUCUCGCACACUGCUGGUGGUCGCAAACGUCACGGAGGACGACUACGGAAACUACACGUGUGUCGCCACCAACAGACUGGGAGUCCACAACGCCAGCGUGUUCCUCUACAAACCUGGCACUGGGCGGGACAUCAACGCCUCAUGCUGCGUCUGUCAAUCAUUCUGGCUCCUCCUCCUGUCUGUUCUCUCAGUUCUUCUGAAGUGUUAAUGUUCAGCGCUGAUGCUCUGAACUCGAUCGAUCAUCUCAGACUGUUUCCAUCCGUCCAUCCUCGCUCACCGUUACGCCCCGACAGGACCACCGUCUUAUUAUCAGGAACAAAUAUGACAUGGAGAAAAGAAAGAAGGUGCUAUUUUCAAGACAAGAAUAUUGUUGUUGUCAAGCACUGACUUCUGUCUGAGUGAAAUCAUCUAGAAAUAUGGUUCAUUUCAUUGUGUUUUCCCAUAAUACCCUGCAGUCUGUUCCCAAAUCUGCCUAAUGUAAACUAAUGAAGGAGCGCUAGGAUCAUGUAAAGUCUUUUAGAUGUGGUUUAGGACUAAUGACUAGCAGAAGGGACUGGAACACAGUAUUUUCUCCUGAAUCUUCAUCAUGAAGAUAUUCACAGAUCAGAUUAUGUCUGUGUUUGUGAAGAUUGAUAGGAGAUUCUUUUCACAGCCCCUGCCCUAAACCCCUCCCACAUGUGUAGCCCCGCCCACACACCAAACCCCUCCCACAUGUGUAGCCCCGCCCACACACUUAACCCCUCCCACUCCUGGAGGGUUCCUGUGAAAGCCUUGAUCAUCUGAGAACUGUUUCUCUCGUGAAAAACUAUUGCUCUGUAGGGAAACCUGUAGAGUGCUGUGGGAAGAUUUUGGUAAAGUGUGAGAUCCUCGUGUCCUGAACCUCGUCUUCUGCGUGUCUGUGAAAUCGUAUGAACUCUGAAUUGUACGACACCAAUGAAUGCUUCGCUUCGAUUCGCUGCUCAUCCCGUCGCAUCUGUCGUCUGUAAAUACUCGUUUAAUCGAAUGUCCUCACAUGGAAACGAAACGAAUCUUCAGUUCAGGUCUCUUCAUUAGUUAAUUAUCUGCGGUGGCGCUUUGAUGCUUCCUGUAACAAACUGAAAUUAGAUACUAAACAAAGAUUUUUAAUACAAAUAUUUAAAUAUCUCGUUCUAAAACUAGAUUUACCUUUGUAGCGGCUGCACUACUAUUCUUAUUCAUAGAGAUGGAUCAUUUCUGUUCAUUAUUUAUUAUAAAAGUAGUUGGACAGAAAUGAGCUGAAUCCACUGACUGCCAAACGAUUAGAGAAAAAACGAUAUAAAAAAGCCAUUUUAGAGAUGAUUUACACACACUGAAUCCACGCACACACACAUUAGUUUUCUGCGUGAUUGAAUUUGUGAAGCGUCCGUCCCUGAUUUUCUUGUUUACCAGAUUUAUUUAUUUUAAAGUUCUCGGAGAACAAGUUGUAUGUACACAUUCAUAUAUUAAAGACAUUUAAACGGUAUAAUGAAUCCCUCCUGAGCUCUUCAGCUCUUUGAUUGACAGCUCUCUCAGCCAAUGAUCUUUCAGCGUGUGAGCUCUGAUUGGAUGAUGCCGCUGUGGCUGGGCGUCUGGUUUAAGGGCUAGUCGUGUGUCCUGUAGUCCUCAGAAGCUCUCGCUCGUGCCCUGAACACCGUUGUCUGAGUUUGAUCCGAUCUGAAGUCUGGACCAGGACUUGUGUGUUUCUGUCUGAAUGCAGCUUCACUGCAGCGUGUGUUUAACAGUUACACUCAGUGAGGAUCAGCUGACUUUAGUUUCACCAUGUGUGUGUGUGUGUGUGUGUGUGUGUGUGUGUGUGUUACUCCUGAUGCUCUGUAACAUGACAAGUAAACUGGACGCCGUGUCUUUGUCGAUCCUCGGGACGCUGGAGUCUCUAGAAAGAGUUUUCCGUCUCGUUCCGCUGACAUCUUCAUGAAAAGCAAUGAACAUUUUCUAACUGUGUUUAUUUACUCUAAAAUUAGCGGAGUCAUUUUUUAAAUCUGCACUGUAAAGAACUCAUGAAGUGUUUGAAAUGGAAAUAAAGUCAUUUGAAUUUGUUGUAUUUCAAAAGUGGGUUUAAGAAAAAAAUAAAAGAAAGUAAUUUUUGGUGAGAAAAUGAGGCUUAUGAACUCUGUUAAUCAUGUAACAUGAAAAUAAAGGAAUAUAAAGAUUGUUAGCUCUCCCUUUAAAUGUCAGUAAUUGUGUUUUUAACUCUAUUUGAAACGAAGAGUCAGUGUAAACUUCACUUCACAGACGUCAUCUCCAAAAUCAUUGAAGGACCAGCACCACAUUCUCCUUUGUUCUAAAAAUGUUUUCUCUCAACGUUACAAGAAUGUUUACAACAUUAUAUGAAUGUUCCUAAAACAUUAUUUUAAUAACAUUUUGAACUAACAUUUAUACACACUUUUAAAGAACAUCAGUGAAUGUUCUGGGAACGUUCUCUGUCAGCUGGCUUUAACAUCACAUUACUCUCUGGUCAGAUUGUGGUUUAAGUGAUCACAAUGAAGAUUUCUGCUGUUACCGAUGCAGUAAGCUCUGAAGAUUUGAUUUUGUCUUACAGUAUUACACAUUGCUCAAGAUCUUUACUCUUAAAAUCUCUUUAUUGUAGCAGGAGAUAAAAAAAAAAUUAUAAGUGUUUCAGCUUGUGCCUUCAUCUCAGUAACUCUGAUUGAUAACUCCUGUAAUCCUGAUCUAAACAGGAGGUAUUAAUAUUAGAUUUCUAAGUUCACAGACUCCAGAUCAAUUCAUCUAUAACAGCAGAAAAUGUAACAAAAACAUAAACAUACAGUUUUCUGUAUGACUAAAAAUGUAUCACAAACUUAUUAUCAAACAUAAAUUCAUACAGCAUUAAAUAAUAAAUCACACACUUUUCACACACAGCUGUAUCAGAGUACAAAUUAAUGAGUGAUUGUACUCUACAGGUAAUGUUAAGUAAUGAUCAGACAGAAAGAUCAGAUAUUCAUUUAUAAAUAGUUUAUAUAAACAUUUACUCAAAUGAUUUUAAAAGAGAAUAGUAAUGAAAACAGAAGUGAAUAAUAAUAAAUAAGUGUUUAAGAAUAAGUGUUUUAAGGUAAGUUUAUCAGUCAAGUGCUUCAGCAUGAAUACAAAAGUACUUUAUAAUGUAGAGAACCAGACAGAUUGAUUUCAGGACAUCUACCCAUUCAUUCUCCAAACUGCUUGUGUCCAGAGUCUAUCUCAUCAAACUGAACUCAUCUUCUGCUGAUCAAGAACCUCUUUACUCACUUUUAAUAGUGCUGUAGAAAAGAGGAUUUGGAGGUCAAAUAUGUCAUCAAUUCCAAGAAGUCAAAAAAACAUUUAUCAUCAAACUGACAAUCUUCACUAAUGUGCACUAAUAUGAAACUACUACUACUGUUGAGUUUGGUGUAAAUUGGUGUCAAUUUCAGAGCAAUUAUUAUACUGAAAUUGAUUGAUCAUCAUGUAUCAUGGACUGUAAGAGGGUAAUCCCUGUGAAUAUUUUUGUAAUCUGUAGUUGAUAAGCUCAAGCGUCACUGGUUGCAGUUUUUGUGAAGAUGAUCUCCUGUUAUAUAGUGCAACUCCAGUCUGUCUCUGAAUCUCUCACUGUCACUGUAUGAAGUCUUAUUAAAGUCUCUGUUCAUCCUGGUUGAAUAUAAUUUUAACUUCAAAGCUCCAUUCUACCCACUCACCUCUUUUUAUAAUUGUUGCAGUGAAUAAGGCAAGGCAAAUUUAUUUAUAUAGCACAUUUCGUACACAAAGGUAAUUCAAAGUGCUUUACAUAAAAGAAAGUAAAAUAAUCAUGAAA